CCCGCUUCUCUUCCAAGAUCCGACGACAUUAACGUUGGGGCAACGACGAUGAUGGAAUCGAUCCAGCUCGACCGGAGCAGUGUCUCCAGCGGCGGCGGAGUAUACUCCUCCGACCGCCGCUCGUCGUCCACGCAAGAUCACUUCCAGACCCACGGACCUCCUGGUGCAUCCGGUGGCUACCCCGCAAACAACACAAACGUGUCGACAGGCAAGAAGAAGACAGAUCAGGUCGUGCUCGAGUUUCUUUACAAGACUGUCGAAGUCGUGCUACUCAGUCGAGCAUACUUUCAACCCACGACACCGCGGCGUGCACGGUUCAACCUUGAUAUUCAAGAACUACCGCACGUGCGCGACCUCAUGCGCCCCUGCCGCGACAAUGUCAACGAACCCGUUGUGCUCGUCAUCGCGAUGGACGGAGUGCUUCUCGAACGAUGGCAAAUCUCGUACACAACCGGCGUCCAGACCCAUUCGCCUCUGGACGUGAUCAACCAACUCCGCGAAGUUUGUCGUCGGAUUGGCAUCCUCCUUCGCUCCGUAUACUGCCUGGCGCGCAUUCUCCCCGCAUUUCCCGUUGGCGAUCGACUGAAAACUCAACAGGAAGACCUCGGUCAUCCCGUUGUCGGCCUCCAGUACGCGCUUGCAUCGUCGACAGAUGCGCCUUUGCCUUGGGACUUUGAGCCCGAUCAACCGAAGCAACGCUACAGCUUCGUUCCAAUUGAUACACCGUUUGGAACUCUUCAGCUCAGUGUGCUAUAUCGAAUGCACAACGAUGACCUUCUUGCCGUCAUUCAGCGCAUGACGAGACUGCCUGCUACAAGUCCCCAGGAGCAGCAUGCGCAGUACGCCGACGACGACCACCCACACGCGUCCCUUCAAAUGUCUUCAACACUGACAAGAGCUAUCAUUCAAGAUUACGUCCCGACCUCCGCCAACACAACCCCAACGUCGAGUCCCCUGUUGCAACCAUCGGUCGCGCCCUCAGCGGUGACAAACCUGACGCCCUUGACGGCGCCACCAGCAUCGCCUAUGCUGCGCUCCUCUCCGAUGCGAAUUGUCCAAGAAGUUACAGACCACCACACGACUACCUCGCAUUCUCUCCAAGAUGGAAGAGCGGCAGCUAUGAUGCCACAGCACCAUGAUUCCCACCACCGACGCGACUCGGACGUCCAGCCACGGGACGACAUGGCCGUGUCGCCACCUCAAGCGAUUCCACGCCGACACGUGUCGUUGGAUAUGACUUCUGCGACGACGUCGUCGCCGCAAUACCGCAUCACAUCCCAGCCCGUGCGUAUUCCACACAGCGCCAACGCCGCUGCGAUUGCGUCCAACAGCGCAGCGUCGUCGCCGAUGACUCACCACGGAAGCGGUGGCGGCAUUGUUCGAGCCCACUCGACGCACCUGAACAAUAUGAACCAGCACCCGCCCCACUCGUUGCACCACCAUGGUAGCGGCUCUUCUGGUCCUUCUUUGUAUGCACGCGCCCACUCACUGGACGCCGCGACAGAUUUUCCUCAACGCCACCACCACCACCAGCAUGCUGCCGUCACAAGUGCGACGCACCGACCGACGCAGCCGCUGGCGGCGCCGUACGGCUAUGUCCACGCACGCCCCAUAGACGCGAGCCCUCGAUACAACCUGCCGAUUGCAUCGCCGGCAUAUUCGUCUUCGCCGCUGCUUCGUCAUCCCAACUCGGCGCCACUGCCUCGCCCAAGUCCACGCCACAGCCCCAGUCACACGCCACUCUCGUCGACCAACUCCCCCCACCCGUUGAUGCCGGUUGCUACAACGGACGUUCGAUUCAGUGUUGGGAGCAGCAGUCAAGGCAGCGCAAGUGGCGACGGCCAACCUCGAUCGGCGUCCACAUCGCCAGAGCACACGUCGCCACCCCCUGCGUUUUUGGUCCAUGGCUCGGCUCGUAUUGGCCCUGCUCGAGAGUUUACCACAAAUGGACAGCCACAACAACACCACCGCGGCUCGCCCUUGUUUGGAAUAUCCCAAAGCCCACCCUUUCGAGGGUAUUCCGGCGAGCUCACGCCGACGUCGCCGACGACAGCCACGACGCCGUCGCGACUGCUCACGUUGAAGGGUACGUCAGCUGCAGAACUCGUUGGGCUAACGAGAAGUCUCCUGCCGUGGUAGACAAGUUUGGAUCGCGCAGGCGGCCGUCGUUGGAUGCAGGGACGAAUUGGGGAAUAUCACGGUCCGUGGACCCGGCCCCGUCAGAUGCCGUGUUUGGCUUGGGCCAGAUUCGAAGGGACGACGGCGAUGCCGGUUCUUCCGGCGGACUCGAUCAGCUCUGCCUUCCGUUUGCCACGUCCUCCGCCACGCUGUCGUCCAUGUCGUCGUUAUCGGGGACCGCCAGUGGCGUCACGUCGGGGGAUAUGAUGUCGGUCAGUGCAUUUCUCCAUCAACUCAAGCAAGCGCCGCCGCUGCAAAGAGCGACGACGUCCAACGGCCGCAGUUCAGCCACGGCAGCCUCACUCGCGGCGGUCGAAGGGGAACUAGCGUUUUUCAAGCGCCUGCGAGAUCAAUUGCCCGGGUGAUCCAACACGGAGACGAGUUAACGUGAAUAGAAAGAACGAUAAUUUAUAGAGUCGUGAGUGCUAUGGGCGAUUGGCGGCGGUGUGGCACGUUACGUGGAUGGCGACGCCGAGUCGGCGACGAGGUAAGCUUGCUUGAAGAAAUGGGCCAGGCCAAAGAGACCACCCGUGUAGCACGAGUAGACCACGCCCAGCAUACUUCGUCUGGGGACGUCGGCCGCAAGCACGAGAAACACUGUGGCGGUCCACACGCCCAUCGCACUCAACACGACCACUUGAUAGAAGGUAGAGCGUUGAUCGGCCGCCGCGAGGCUCUUGAACGCGUCCGGGACGUACGGCGAUUGCUUGGCGAACCGAAGAAAGUGAAACUCACAGUACUGGGCGACGGCACUCGUGGCAACACACAUGGAGAACAGCAGCGCAAACGUGCAGCCCUUCUCGACCGCAUGGCCCACCACCCACUCCAUUUUGCUCGCACUGAUAUUAUUGC